GGCCUUCGAGAGUUUCCUCUCGCACCUUGGAGGUCAUGCUUAGCCAUGUCCCUCUAGUAGCCUUCGCCACUACGUCUUUUUACUUUACAUUUGGCUCUCAGCAUGCGAGUUAUGGCUUUGUGUGUGCUUUAAGGAUCAGUGUUUACUUUUGGAAUCAGAGAACACACCUUGGCUGCCAUCGUCUGAGCGCGCCGUCGCAAUGUGAUCAACGCGUGACGAUAGUUAUAGCGCGACAAUAAAACGACACAGAGACAAGAAGGACACGAGGGCUGCCAUACCAACUAGCCCAAACUGCCACACUUCUAAGUGAUCAAUGCGAUCCAGCGCUUCGAUCCAUUUCAAGUCAUUCCACAAAGUGAGCCACGCCAUGUCUUAACAAGUUAACAAUGCCUUAGCACUCUAGUAAUGCCGUUGAAUGUUAACAGUCCUCGUGGUUCAGCCACGAGAAAGCGUUUAACAACAGAUGCGUUAGUUCGUGCCGUUAAGGAGUUUCCCUGCCUCUACCACCGCGGACACCCGUACUUCAAGAAUACCCCCCUCAAGCGGGAGUGCUGGAAGAAAAUCGGUGCCAACUUCGGCGUCAGCGGGUCCGUGUGUCAGUCCAAGUUCAAGAAUGCAAAGGACACCUACAAGAGAGCCAAGGAUGCCAUGCGUAAAGCCAUGCUACGGCAGCAUGACGCCAAGCACCAACGCAGGCCUUUGCAAAUUUGGCAGCAUUUCGAUGUCAUGCAGGAGCUCUUGGACUCGGCACCUGCUCCAUCUGAGUCAGAGAACCUAAUUGUGCCAGCUGUUGAACCUGAUGAUGACAGUGGAAGCAUACAAAGCUUUGGCAGUAUCACCAUCAGCUAUGAACCAGACCUUUCAAGUGAUGAAAAGCCUGCAAUAAUAGAAAGUACUGAACCUGUCAGCAAUUCUGUGGUGCCACCCACUCGCAAGACAGAGGACACAAUUCAGUACGCGUCGUCACUCGAGACAACCAUGGCCAACUCGUCCCACAAGACGGAAGAAGACACGGAUCGGGACCUUUCUUCAAUAGAGACGACCAUGGCCAACUCGAUGGCCAAAUGCAUGGAGCAUUUAAAGAUGCUUCAAGAUGAGCGCAAGGAAAGCGGUGAACAAAAGGACACGAUUUACCACUUUUGCAUGUUCGUCGCCAGCUGCAUUAGAGAAAUGAACAGAAGGGAUCAGCUGGAAGCCAUGCAAGAAGUCUACACUGUGAUCCACAAAUAUCAGAAGAGGCAGCUAGAGAAUACGUGAUCUGUGUGCGGGAAUGACCAUGUGUGCUUCAAUGUUGCAUUUCAUCUUCAUUCAUUCCUGUGUUGCAAAGCACACUUUCAUUCAGAGAAGCCCUUCUCUGAAAAUGUAACAAUUUAUCAUAUUCCUCAUGUCAUUCAUUGUAUGCUUUUUCAUUGUUCCAGGCAAUGCAGGGCCUACCUUCUGCAUGUAUUCACUCAUUGUGGCUGUUUGUUGAUGAGAAAUGAGUUGAAAUGUGUGAAAGUGAUUGCUACAAUAUAGGCUCUAACGCUGUUUACAAACACAGGUGCUGGAUGGCUUCAGGUUCAGUGUGCCGGCGUUGUCUAGCAGUAUUGGUGAGGAACAGAAGCCUUAACGAGUAGCCAGUUCAUUAUCAAGAAUUUUCUUCCUGUGUCUGGUCAAAUAUUUCAAAUACCUUCUUUUAAGCUAAAUACAACGUUAUGAGAGUUGGUGUUUAAUUUUCAGCACCUCCCUUUUACGUGAAAGCAGAAAAAGUCUUUCUUUACUCUAGCACAAUUUAAAUCACAAGAUUUCUGCUUCGGCGUUAGUAAUAAAUAAAGUGACCACAAGUUUCUUGUGUGGCAAUACGUGCUGAUGCUAUUACUACGUUGCAACUGGGAAAAAGUGAAUACUUUCCAUUUAAGUGAAUGUAUAUUGCUAUAGUUUUGUUCUCAAUAAAGUAUGCAAUGGUAGCUGCCCA